GACAUGUCUUGGUGAUAGAAACACCUAGCUGCAGCUCCGAUAUCGAUUCUGAUGAUAGCGAUUGUGAAGCCAAAAGAUAUGGAAUGAGCACUGCUGGAGGCGUUCAGCACCGAACUAGCAUCAUCUUUUUCUGGUCGAUCAAGGGGUCCCGAACGGGAAUUUGAUCGAUCUGUAUCAGGUGGGAGAUAUUGGGCAAGAUGAACGGGCAUAGCGACUCAUUCGACACUGCGGGAGGUGGAAACAUCAAGGUCGUCGUAAGAUGUCGGCCAUUGAACGCUCGAGAACAAGCAAGAGGCGCCAAGUGCCUCGUCCGUAUGGAGGGCAAUCAGACUACGAUCGUACCGCCGGGCAACGAGGAUACAGCUGCAAAGGACAGAGAACGGGAGAGACGAGAGCACUCUUUUAGUUUCGACAAGUCAUACUGGUCAGCGGGAGCUCGGGAUGAACCAAAUUACGCCUCGCAGCAGACUCUCUUUCAGGAUGUCGGCUUGGAACUCUUGGACCACAGUUUUGCGGGAUACAAUUGCUGUAUCUUUGCAUAUGGACAGACAGGGAGCGGGAAGUCCUACAGUAUGAUGGGAUACGGCUCGGACAAGGGUGUCAUUCCCCUCGUGACGGAGGAGCUCUUUAACCGAAUAGAAAGCAAGACAGCCAGCGAUCCGAAGCUCGAGUUCAGGGUUGAAGUCUCGUACAUGGAGAUCUACAACGAGAAAGUACGAGAUCUGCUAAAUCCCAAAAAUAAGGGCGUUUUGAGGGUUCGGGAACAUCCGUCCGCUGGACCCUAUGUCGAGGACCUCUCACGACUGGUCGUCGAAUCAUACAGUCAAAUGAUGACCGUAAUGGACGAAGGAAAUAAAGCUCGGACGGUAGCAUCAACAGCGAUGAAUGAGACGAGCUCGAGAAGUCAUGCUGUUUUUACCGUGAUCCUCACCCAGAAGAGACACGACGAGACUACCAAGAUGGCAGGCGAAAAGGUCUCCAAAGUCUCGCUCGUGGAUCUAGCGGGAUCUGAAAGGGCGAAUAGCACGGGUGCGACGGGCGCCAGAUUGAAGGAAGGAGCGAAUAUCAAUCGGUCCUUGACGACGCUCGGUAAGGUCAUCCAGGCGCUUGCCAUGGCGAGUACAGCGACACAGUCGAAACAGAAGAAGAAGAAGGAUGACUUUGUGCCCUACCGAGAUUCAGUCUUGACAUGGCUACUCAAAGAAUCGCUCGGUGGUAACUCGCGGACUUGCAUGAUCGCGGCAAUCAGUCCUGCAGACUACGAAGAGACGUUGUCUACCCUUAGGUAUGCAGAUCAAGCCAAGCGCAUCAAGACGAACGCCGUUGUCAACGAGGAUCCGAAUGCCAAGAUGAUUCGGGAACUCAAGGAGGAGUUGGCUGUUCUGCGUCAGCGAGCUGUUGGAGGAAGUUCCGAGGCGAUAUUCGAUGAGAAUACCCCGCCAGAAAAGCAGAUGGUUACAUAUAAAACAAAGGACGGGGAGAUCCGGACGGUGACAAAGCUGGAACUUCAGGAAAACUUGGAAGCUUCCGAAAAGUUGAUGGCCUCGCUGAACGAAAGCUGGGAAGAUAAACUGGCCAAAACCCAGGAAAUCCAUACUGCGCGAGAGCAAGCUUUGGAGGAGCUCGGAAUCAGUCUCGACAAGGACAGAGCCUUGGUCGGGGUGCACGCUCCGAAAAAGUGGCCCCAUCUAGUCAAUCUGAACGAGGACCCUUUGCAAAACGAAUGUCUUCUGUACUCGAUUCCCGAAGGCAGGACAAUAGUCGGAAACAUCGAAUCGUCGACCGCAGCCAUCAAGCUGUCAAGCCCAAGAAUUAUGAAGGAACACUGCGCACUCGUCAACGAAAAGGGAAAAGUGUCCAUAGAGCCGCUGGAGCAUGCUACAAUCUUGGUGAACGGGAAACCUAUUCCAACCAGCGCUGCUAUGCCUCUCGAAUCUGGGUUUCGUAUUAUCAUCGACUGGCAUGUCUUUCGUUUCAGCUCGCCUCAAUCAGUCAGAGCUCAGCGCAUGCGAGAGUCGGCAAGUUUCUCGAAUGCCCUAGCAGACAUGUUACCUGAAGGCACCGAUGCAAGCGAUUACGGGAAGGACAGCGGAGUUAACAAUAUUGUUGAUUGGACUUUUGCCCGGAAAGAAGCACUUUCGCGGCUGACAUUGACAGGCGAUGAUCUGGACAUGCUAGGUGACGAAGAGUUGGACGGCCUGUUCCAAGAUAUCACGAGGGCACGUACCUCGCGACGCCGUCCUGAAUCACAGGCGGGAACUCCAAGUAGACUGCGUGCUGUACAGAACAUUGACCGCCUACGCUCACCGGAGAGGUCCACACCUACGAGCGUGGCGGAGAACCCCUGGGAUGAUGAUCUGUCCGACCGAGAUGUGCAGAUGGCUCUGGCAGCGAUCGAUCCUGCCUCCCGACAGUUGCAGGCAUAUUCCGAGAUGGCGUCGGCAACCGGGUUGGACGAGGACGUUGCGGGUUCCCGUCGUCAACCCAGUAGAGCAGAAAGUAACCUACAAAUGGACCGCAUGGCUGAAGAGAUCAGGUUGCUUCGUCAAGUUGCGCUACAGAACCGCUUCGAAUCGCUAAGCACCCGACUGAGCGGCGUGCUACUCGACCGCGAGAAAGAGGUGGCGCAACAAGCAAUCCGACAGUGGCGUCGCGUCCGGUUGGUAGCGAUGGCGAACGCUAUGCGGGAUCAAGCUACGAGCGUCGAAGAGGCCAAUCGUCUGGCUGAUCGGUAUGACAUCGGUACAGCUUAUCGAUUGGUAGCAUCUCGUGGAUCGCCUGCGUCUACGAUGGAAACCCAUGUCGAGUCCAUCUUGUUCGAUGCGGAGGCUACGCACUCGGUAACGCGUAGUACCGGGGAUGUGGCGAUUCUCGUGAUCGACAAAAGGAGGAAAGUGGCAUACGUCUGGUCCAUAGAGAAACUGCAAAGACAGCUGCCGUCCAUGCGAAGUUACGGCGCCGACUUGGAUUUGGCCCACAGAUCUCCCCCGGAGACGACUUUCAGGACGAUACCUUGUCCCACAUGGACUCACCUCGGAACUGCCAUGUUUGCACUCCAUCCGCGAAUCGAGGGCGCUAUGCAGGUGCCUAUCCAGUCCUUCGAAACGGCGGAAGCUGUCGGCAAUGUCACCGUCCAUGUCACUUGGGACUCGUCCUCAGACUCGCUGACCUCCGGGUCCAGGUCGGCCAGCAUCACCUUGCACAACGUGCGAGCCUUCGCCGAGGGGAUUUCGUCUGUUCACAUGCAGCUACGCUUACCGACUUUCGGAAUCGGAGGUAAACGGGAAAACUUGCGAUCUAGCGAGGUGGUGGACUUGACAAACGCUUCGACGGCGCAUGUGAAACUGAAGGAGACUUUCAGUCUCGAUAUUGCGGCCUACGAUCCGGCGCUGUAUAUACAGGUUGACUUCUUUGGCAAAGUCACUGAACAGUACUUGCAAAGGCUCUGCGACCGGAUCCCAGUUGAUAUGCCUACGCUAGAUGCCGCCGGCGCGCCGACUCGCACUGAGCAAGCCUCGAAACCGAAACAUAUGGUUACUGUCCAUACUUCCAUACUCGAACCGGACAGUCAGGGCAAGUUCGUUGCGACGGACUAUGAUGGCAAGGAAAACACCUUUACGCUUCGACAAGGUCGUCAGCGUCAAAUCCGCAUCAACAUCAUUCACAACUCGGCUCGCUCUUUAGACCUGAAUGAAGUGAAUUUCAUCUCACUUCGAGGGCCUCAGAACGGUGAUAGACAAGCGGUCAUUCGCCUAUCUCCUAUGGAACAGGAUGGCUCAAGCCAGGAUGACAACCUGUUAUCAGCUGAACAACCAGUAUACCGAGGUGAUGGAGCUGGUACACUCGGCAUUACAUGCAAGCUCGAAGACUUGCCAGGGAUGGAGAAGAAAACGCCAAGUGGCGAGUACAUUACCUGUCAACUAUCGUUUCAAGUCGGGUUUACCAAUCAUCGGGUUCCCGCUCUGUUCGUGCAGACUCUCCGUUUGCGCAUUACCGGGAGUGAAACGAGAAGGCGCAGCCUUAUCAUGGAUUAUCUACGUCCGAGUGCAAUUGCCGCUCAUUCUAGCCGGACAUUCGAGGUACAAACGCCGUCGGAAGAAUCGGCUUCGCUUACCACGAGUCAAAUGGCUAUAUUGGCGGCCUACCUCGAACAACGAAAACGACAACACUUGGUUGCAGACGUUCAAGCCGCGGCCGCGCGUAUUCAUACAGUGGGUGAAGCGCCUCCGUCAAACAAGGCGCAGGAAGAUUUGCUACCAAGGGCUGUUGAAGCUUGGCGUUCGACUCUCUGUCAAAGGCGUUUCCCACAGGACUUGUCUAAAUCCAUGACGCUCCGCUUAGCAAGGGACGGUCGGAUGCAGGUGUCUGAAAUCUUCAUCUCAGCGCGAGUUGACAAGGAGGGGUGGAUGGAGGUGUUGACAUCUCCUGCAGAAGGACAAUGGACCCGCCGAUAUGCUCGGCUAGCAAGACCGUACCUCCGCCUUUUCGAGUCGAAUGACCUGCGGCAAGAAGAUCUUGUUAUAUCGCUUGAGAAUGCUCAGAUUGACGAGGCAAAGGACCUAGAAUUGGCUCUAGAGACCACGAACGUGUUCUCAAUCGCAGCAACGACCAACACGACUGUCUUCCGGACAACGACCUCCAACGAACGUAAUGUGUGGCUCAAAGCAUUGAAAUGGAGAUGAAGGCUGUUUCUUGUUUACGACGGCAUGAUCAUAAUGAAGUUCACGAAGAUAGAGGAGGUACAAGCAUGAUGUCUACUGCAGUGGCCGGAUGAACAGUAUCUCAGGACUUGUAUAUGAUAAUGAUAGUCAGCGAUCAAAUAUACUGAGACCGAGAUUCAUGAUCG